AUGGAUGCGAUUCCCGUGCAGGAAGCCAGUGAAGGGAUGCUGGGAAACCCUUCCUGUGGUGUCUGUAGUAUGUGCUGUCCACCACCUGCAUCCUGGGAUGCCAUUUUGCAAAUUCUGCUGCAAUCCAAGGCCGUCACUGAAGCCAUGCCAAUGUUCAACAUUGUGUCGGGCUAUCCGUCCAUUCUGCAUGGCACCUGUCCCUCUGUGUGCCGUUGUCAUUUUCACCCUGUCGGUGUGCUUGGGUCUGGUUGUGCUGUGGUCCUGAGGGCCACCACAGACUCGAUCACCCGCCUACUUGCCACCUAG